CUAACGAUAAUAAGAACCUUUUUCCACCAACCGAUUUUGCAAUGAAGCUUCAAAAAGGAGGAAUAAUAGAAGAAAGGUGCAUGCUUCUUCCAAUUGAGUGAAAGGAAUUUGAAGAAUCAAAAGAAUAAUUCAUCACAAUGAAAUUGGCAAAGGUACAACCAAUAGUACUAGUAGGGGGGAGCAACACUUGGGGAAUUAGAAACACCUUUCAUUCUCUUUUGGCCAUUCUUACCACUCUUUUAGUCAUUAGUUUCAUUUAUAUAAAACAAGACAAUGGAACACAGUUGUCAUCAUCAUCACCACCCCAAGAACAUGAAGAAAUGAUAGAUGCCUCUCAGUCAUCAAAAUGUGACUUGUUCAAUGGGAAAUGGGUUUUUGACAAUAAGUCUUAUCCAUUAUACAAAGAUAAGGAAUGCAAGUUCAUGUCUGAUCAAUUGGCAUGUGAGAAGUUUGGAAGGAAGGACUUGAGUUACCAGAAUUGGAGGUGGAAGCCAAACCAUUGUGAUCUACCAAGGUUCAAUGCCACAGCAUUGCUUGAGAGGCUAAGGAACAAGAGGCUUGUGUUUGUGGGGGAUUCACUCAACAGAGGCCAAUGGGUUUCCAUGGUUUGCCUUCUUCACACUUCCCUCUCAUCAUCAACUCACACUUCCAUGCACAACACUGCUAAUGCCUCUCUUAACAUUUGGAAGGUCAAAGAAUACAAUGCAACAAUUGAGCAUUAUUGGGCACCAUUGCUAGUAGAAUCAAAUUCAGAUGAUCCAGUGCACCAUAGAGUAAUAGAAAGAACUGUGAGAGUGAAUGCGAUUGAGAAGCAUGCUAGGUAUUGGACUCAUGCUGACUUUAUUGUCUUCAACACUUACCUCUGGUGGAGAAGGCCUCUUAUGAAUGUUUUGUGGGGAACAUUUGGAGACCCAAAUGGAGUUUACAAAAAAGUGGAAAUGCUAAGAGUUUAUGAGAUGGCAUUGAGAACAUGGUCAGAUUGGUUGGAGGUCCAUGUUAAUAGUAACAAGACCCAGUUAUUUUUUGUUAGUAUGUCACCAACUCAUGAAAGGGCUGAAGAAUGGGGAGCAGAUAAGGGUGACAAUUGUUACAAAGAAACAGAAAUGAUCACAGAAGAAGGGUAUUGGGGUAAAGGGUCAGAUCCAAAAAUGAUGAAAGUGGUGGAGAAUGUGGUUGAAGACUUGAAAACAAGAGGGUUGAAUGUUGAAAUACUUAACAUCACUCAGCUCUCAGAGUACAGAAAAGAAGCACACCCUUCUAUAUACAGAAAGCAGUGGGAGCCUCUAACACAAAAACAGAUACAAGAUCCAAAUAGCUAUGCAGAUUGCAUACAUUGGUGCCUUCCUGGAGUUCCUGAUGUGUGGAAUGAGAUACUUUAUGCCUAUCUUUUCCAACAAUGACUAAUAAACAAAAGAAAAUAUUAAUGUGUAAAAAAAAACUACACCUUCAUACAACCUUUCUAAGAUUGUUGAAUCA